AUGUAUAGCUCAACGAGGCAAAGCAAGGCGUCGGACUCGCAAGAGACGGUGAUGCGGCUGGCCACCGGUAGUGCGGUGGUGAUAUUCAGCGUGAGUACGUGUUGUAUGUGCCAUGCAGUGAAGAGGCUCUUCUGUGGCAUGGGAGUCAACCCAAGUGUUCACGAGAUAGACCAAGAUCCCAAUGGUAAAGAAAUUGAGAGGGCACUCAUGACGCUUCUCGGAAGCCCCUCGGCCAUGCCGGUAGUGUUCAUCGGCGGCAAACUUGUUGGUACUAUGGACAGAGUUAUGGCUUCACAUAUUAAUGGCACAUUAGUCCCACUUCUCAAGGAUGCUGGAGCUCUCUGGCUUUGA